UCUCCUUAUUUCUACUAAAGGUACACCCUACACGCAACAGUCCUACAAAGUUAGCGAUGUCUUUCCUUUCAAAUGGAUUAAUAAGAAGUGGAAAGAAGGCUUCUCUGUAACCUCAAUGACCACUGCAGGCAGCAAAUGGGGCAUUGUCAUGUCCCGUAAUGCAGGCUAUCCUAGUCAGGUUGUUGAACUUGAUUUCCUCUAUCCAAGUGAGGGGAUUCAUAGAAGAUGGGAGAAAGGAUAUCGGAUUACAUCGGCAGCAGCUACAGAGGACCAAGCAGCAUUCAUUCUUAGUGCACCCAAGAGAAAAUCACAAGAUAUAAUGCAAGAAACUUUGCGUACAUCUGCUUUUCCUAGUACCCAUGUAAAGGAUAAAUGGUUGAAAAAUCUGUAUAUUUCAGCUAUUUGCUAUGGGAGGACAGUGUCCUGAAGUUUGGUAUUUGGAAGUAGUCACUGCAGUUACAUGUUCAAGGCAGAUAUUUGCUUGUUGCCUGCCGCCCAGGAGGAUACUGAAAGUGUUGGAGAUGCACAGAGAUGCUCUUUCCUUCCUUUAGCAUAUAGAAGAAGCUUGAACCGGGCAGAAAACCUGCCAAGUUUGUAAAGUGCCCAAACGAUGAGGAAUGUAAAUCAUGCUUAGUAUCAGAGACGGAUUUUACAAUGGGCCGAAAUCCUUAAAACUUCCAUGGUUGUAAUAUGUAACUACUGCAAUUUUAAGAGAAAGAAACAUUUAAUUUUGCCCCCACGGAAAUUCAAUUACUUUUCUCGCU